AUGAGUCUGGACAAAGCCGAGCUGUGUGACUCCCUGUUAACCUGGCUGCAGACGUUUCAGGCGCCGUCAUGCAGCAGCAAGCAGGAGCUCACCAGCGGAGUGGCCAUCGCACACGUCCUGCACAGAAUAGACCCCUCUUGGUUUAAUGAGACGUGGCUGGGCAGGAUCAAGGAGGAGAGCGAGGCCAACUGGCGCCUCAAGGUCAGCAACUUGAAGAAGAUUCUGAAAAGCAUGCUGGAAUAUUAUCACGACAUCCUGGGUCACCAGGUGUCUGACGAGCACCUGCCUGACGUGAGCCUCAUCGGGGAGCUGGGAGACGUCGCCGAGCUGGGGAAGCUGGUGCAGCUGGUGCUGGGCUGCGCCGUCAGCUGCGAGAAGAAGCAAGAGCAAAUCCAGCAGAUAAUGACACUGGAGGAAUCUGUCCAGCACGUCGUGAUGACUGCCAUUCAGGAGCUGUUAUCAAAGGAGCCUUCAUCUGAACCAGGAAGUCCAGACACCUACGGAGACUUCGACUACCAGUCCAGGAAGUAUUAUUUUCUGAGUGAGGAGGCGGACGAGAAGGACGACCUGAGUCAGCGCUGCCGAGACCUUCAGCACCAGCUGUCAGUGGCUCUGGAGGAGAAGUCGUCGCUGCAGGCGGAGGCGCGCUCCCUGAAGGAGAAGCUGAGCCGCAGCGAGUCCCUGGACGCCUCCGCCACCGCCAUCACCGGCAAGAAGCUGCUGCUGCUGCAGAGUCAGAUGGAGCAGCUCCAGGAGGAGAAUUACAGGCUGGAGAGCGGCCGGGACGACCUGCGGGUGCGGGGCGAGAUCCUGGAGCGGGAGGUGACCGAGCUGCAGCUGAGGAACGAGGAGCUGACCAGCCUGGCGCAGGAGGCGCAGGCCCUCAAGGACGAGAUGGAUAUCCUGAGGCACUCGUCCGACCGGGUGAACCAGCUGGAGGCGCUGGUGGAGACGUACAAGAGGAAGCUGGAGGACCUGGGAGACCUGCGCCGGCAGGUGCGCCUCCUGGAGGAGCGCAACACCGUGUACAUGCAGCGCACCUGCGAGCUGGAGGAGGAGCUGCGGCGAGCCAACGCCGUCCGCAGUCAGCUGGACACCUACAAGAGACAGGCCCACGAGCUGCACAGCAAGCACUCCGCCGAGGCCAUGAAGGCCGAGAAGUGGCAGUUCGAGUACAAGAACCUGCACGACAAGUACGACGCGCUGCUGAAGGAGAAGGAACGUCUGAUCUCGGAACGGGACACUCUGCGGGAGACGAACGACGAGCUGCGCUGUGCUCAGGUGCAGCAGAGGUGUCUCAGCGGAGCCGGAGGCCUCUGUGACGACGGCGCCGCAGUGGGAAACCUCGCCGCAGAGAUCAUGCCCACUGAGCUUAAGGAGACGGUGGUUCGUCUGCAGAGCGAGAACAAGAUGCUGUGCGUCCAGGAGGAGACCUACAGGCAGAAGCUGGCCGACGCUCAGGCCGAGCUGGAGGAGGCGCAGCGCAGCAAGAACACCCUGGAAACCCAGAACAGGCUGAACCAGCAGCAGAUCUCGGAGCUGCGCUGUCAGAUCGAGGAGCUGCAGAAGGCUCUGCAGGAGCACCACUCCAACAACGAGGACGCUAUCUCCUCGUUGUUGAAGAAGAAGCUCGAGGAGCAUUUGGAGAAGCUCCACGAGGCCCACUCCGAUCUCCAGAAGAAACGAGAAGUCAUCGACGACCUGGAGCCCAAAGUGGACGGCAACAUGGCCAAGAAAAUAGAUGAACUCCAGGAGAUCCUGCGGAAGAAGGACGAGGACAUGAAGCAGAUGGAGGAGCGCUACAAGCGCUACGUGGAGAAGGCGAGAACGGUAAUCAAGACUCUGGAUCCCAAACAGCAGCCGGCGCCUGACAUCCAGGCUCUGAAGAACCAGCUGACGGAGAAGGAGAGGAGGAUCCAGCAUCUGGAGCACGACUACGAGAAGAGCCGCGCCCGCCACGACCAGGAGGAGAAGCUCAUCAUCUCAGCCUGGUACAACAUGGGCAUGGCGCUGCAUCAGAGGGUGUCGGGCAAGCGGACCGGCUCCUCCGGUCAGACCAUGUCCUUCCUGGCCCAGCAGAGACUGUCCACCAACGCCCGCGAGGCCUGAUGAGGCACCACCCGAGAUGAGGCGCCCGGAACGCCACGGCGGCUCCGGCCCGCUCUCCUUCACGCCUUCGCCUCGGUUUUUCUGUCUCAUGCUGCUGCCCCCUGCUGGCCGGUAACGAUAGCAAGAAGCCUCCUGGCGCCGAGGAGGAGCCAGUUCGGCUGGAGUCGAACACGGCCCGGAGGAGAGACUGGCUCACCUUUUAAGGUGAUUUCUUUUUAUUUUUUUAUUUUUAAGAGCCUGUCGGAGUCGCUCCAGUUUCCUUAAGCUGUCCUUUAAAUGUUUCUAAUGUUUUAUUUUCAAUGCUGAGAUGCAAUGUGAAGUAGAUCUGUUAAAGGAGCAGGUGCGACGUGAGCAGGCUGCUGUCGGUGCUAAAAAACCACAGAGUGUAGAUUAGAUGAUCACUCUUGAUCCUGUAGCUUUUAGGUAGUUUUUAAUAAUAUGAAGGACCUCGUCGAAGACCUCUGCCGAGCUCACAAAGGCUGCAUUUCUCUGGUGUUUUUCUCCAUACAUGAAAUCAUGUCGGUGCGAAAAACAAGACAAGCACUUUCUUUCAUGCAGGGUGAGUUUGUUUAGUGCCUCACAGAAGACAAAUCUCAAAACUCCCCGACAGGCUGAAGCCGAGGGUUUGAGUAAUUGCAGGGUUAAAGUUGGAUUUGAUUGGAAAAACUCACUGCAGGUGUGUGUUGGGUGAUCUCCGCCCCCUCCUGUAGGUGAUUUGUGUCUCAUUUGUUGCCUAUAGAUAUAAUUAUCACUCUGAGACUGUUUCCCCCUCCUCUUCUCAGAGAUUGAAGCAGGGUUUGUGGCGUUGGGUACGACGUAAUUGCACUCACCACUUUAGUUAAAAGCCUGAGAGUUGCUGGUGAAAACAGGAGGACUCAUUGUGAGCGCGUUCAUGACUCAGCUAAUGGCUGUUUACCGCUGCUACUCCUCAUCUUCAGCUUAACUGGAAGGAAACGUGAAUGCUGGAAUAUUUCCUGCUGACGGUAAAAAAACGGCUACUUAAAUUAAAACACUACGUCUGCCUUCGAUCACUACUGACACACUUCCCUUUUUAAUAGCCGGUCCCGUUACAUCACAGCUGCUGUCUUUUUUUUUUGUCCUUGGACUUCCUGUGAAGUGUUGUUAUCAUCUACAGAGACCAACAUCCUGCAGUUGCAUGCACGUUUUGUUUUUUCUUUUUUUUUUGGCUGUUUGAGUCUAUAUUUAUGGUGUUAUGUUUGCGGUGCGUUUGCAUGGGGGACAGUGGGUUUGGUUUCAAGGGUUUCUUUGUCAUGGUCGUGUAGAUCGUAGCAAACCGGAGUUCACAGGAAGCAGAGGCAAAUCAGAAACAUUUGUAGUUUUCUUCUAUUUUUGCACUACAAAUAAAUGGGAUCUGA